CGAACAGGUGAGACAGAGAGAGAGAUUAUUAAAUACAAAGAAGAACAGAGAGACAGAACUCAGGACUAUGGCGGUUGUGUUUUCGUUUGCCGCUAAAAUUGGAGGUUGAUGCAAGACAAUAGCGGAUUAUCCAAAACAUAAACAAGAAUAUGGGAUCUUCCAAACGCGGCCCAGACAACAUGCGCUCUAUCAGCGACCACACUCACACCCUCCAUCAUCGUCUCCACCAAGCUCUCAACUUGGGAACCAGGUCUCAUGAAAAGCAUGAAAGUAAAUGGCAGUGUGCCGAUAUUCAGAUUCAACGACAUGUCGUUCGCUCUAUUUUGGCGUUUCUUGAUUCUCUUUCUAGAGAUUCUUUACACCAUCCACUUAUUAAGGAUUCUAUAGGUGAUGUAGUUGAAGCAUUAGUAUGGAUUCUUGAAUGUAAAAACAUGACCAUAUUGAGCAUGACAGCAAAUGUGACCCUAAAAUUGGUUAGCAUUUUACCUUACUCAAUUCUACAGUCUUAUGUGUUAGAUCUUGUUAGUCCUUUGUCAUCCUUGUUAUCUUACCACCAAACAGACGUUGCUACGUCAUGUGCCAAUGCGCUAAAUAACAUUCUCUCGAAACUGAGUAUUAAGAAUGAAAAGGCAGUUUGGGAUGUUCUCAAGAGAAAAGAAAGUGUACUUCAUGUAAUUAGUAAUAUUCGGUCUUUCUCUAGAGGUACAGAACCUUUUGAACAUUUCCAGCAGAUGGCUUCACUGUUAAGUACAAUACUACAGAGAUGGCCUCUGUCUAGAUUUCCUGUCUGGAGUGAUGCUAUUCUGAUGAGAACCUUAAUGGACAUUCUUGUAAAGCCAGUUUUUUGUGAUAAAGUGGAAGUUUGGAAGUUACUUUCUUCCAUAGCUUUAUGUGGUAGUGGGGCAAUGAAACUUCUGGAAAAUGGAGAGACCCUCUUGAAAAUGGUGGUGCAAUGCAUGGACAUGUCACAACCUCAAUCUGUUCGUAUGGAAGCAUUCAAGCUUUCUCAAUGCUUAGCUAUAAAUGAACAAAGAUUUUUCAAAAUGAUGGACCUAUGUUGUGAGCCUAUUAUUCAAGCCACACUUUCUGAAAUGAGCAAGUGGAGCAAGAAAUCAGGAAAGGUUGCUGGUGAACGGAUAUAUUUGGUAGUAGAGGCAUGUCGCUUGGCUCUAAUAACACGUUGGGGAGGGAAGCAUCAUAUUUAUUUCUGGGAACAUGGGAUCGACAAAGUCCUCAUUGGUCUUCUCCUAGAAAAUUCUCAUAACAAACUGCUUCAAAGUUGUUUGACACUGGAAGAGGAGAUAUCUAUUGCACAGGAGGGUCUUAGCUCUUCUUAUAAUCUUGUUUUGAGGAAUUAUAUAUGGGAUAUUCUUGGAUGGCUUGCUAUACAUUGUGAGGAAGGUUUUAACCCUGAGAUACAUGGAAAUAAUCGCUACAUUGAUGUGCUCAUCACAUUUUCAUGCUCGGCCUUUGUUGAUGCAAUUGAGAAGCGACACAGACUAUGUCAAAGUGAUGCUGCUGAUAUCUUGCGAAGUGAAUCAGCCACUCAGACUGUUUUGAUGAUGAUUAAUUCUCCCUGCAAAUAUAUUGUAUUAAAGGCAACAUUCAGACUGUCUGAAUUACUAAGGCCAAAUGGCAAGGACAUUUUGAAACAUUUGUUAUCUACCCUAGAGUAUGUAUCAUCUAGGAAGAAUUUCGAUAGACUACAGAUCACCAUUUACUUAAUGGCUUUGGCAUGUUAUAUAGGUUUGCAAGAGUCUCGACAAUGGGUUCUUGAAUUUUCAGGGAUGAAUAUACUAUUAGGUUUUGCAAGGUGGUGCUUAAGCAAAAAUAUUGAUUUGGAAAGGGUUAGCUUUGCUCCUUAUUUGCAUAAUGCAUUCCUUGAGAGGGCUUGUUGCUAUGUUUCUUCAGAAGAAUGGGGAGGCAAAGACCGUCUUAUGCUGUAUAGUUUGUGGGGGCUAGCUGAGUUGAUAAAGCAUUCUGGACAAGUGGUAAAUAACCAAGAAAUAUCUUGUGGUAGAAUGAAGUGUAGUGUAGCUGAACUGCUAAACAAUCUUCAGGAGGUUUGUACUAACACAUAUAGUCCUGGAGUUCAGUGGUUUGCUUCUUAUGUUCUUAGUUCUUUUGGAUUGUAUGGUUUUCCGAAUAAAUUGGGCAAAAGAAUUGGCAAGGCACUUAGGGAGAACUAUCACACAGAUAUAAGGCUCAUGCUUGCAAGUGGAGAAUGUUUGAGUGCUCAUGGUGUUAUUCUUGCUGUCCGAUGCCCAUCUUUAUUACCUUUUGAAAAGCUCCAUCGAAGUGACAAAACAGCCUACUCUUCAGUACCAAGCUCUAUGGGAGAAGAUUUUCAAAAAGAAAUUCGAUUAUCUGCUCACGUUGAUCACCAGGCUUUGUUGAAGCUGUUGGACUUUGUAUAUAUGGGAUAUUUACAAGCAGAUGAAGGACAACUGAAAAAGUUGAAAAGACUUGCUAAAUGCAGUAAUCUUCAGCCUCUGCUGCAAAUGCUUUGUAGGAAAUUUCCAAGAUGGGGUAUUCCAUUCCCCACAUCUGAUCUUUCUCCUGCUCUUGGCUCACUUGGACAACAUUUUUCGGAUGUCAUCUUGGAAGCUAAAUCAACUGAAAUGCAAAGCUGGGGUUGUGAUAUUUGCCCUAUUUCGGUGCCACAUAUGCAUGUUCAUAAAGUUAUUUUAUCUGCAAGUUGUGAUUAUCUGCGGGCUUUGUUUAAUUCAGGAAUGCAGGAGAGCCACUCACAAACUAUCAAGGUUCCGAUUAGCUGGGAAGCAAUGGUUAAAUUAGUAGCCUGGUUCUACUCUGAUGAGAUUCCAAAUCCUCCAUCUGGAUGUAUGUGGGAGAAUAUGAGUAUUAAAGAGAAGCUAUAUGAGCUUGAACCAUAUAUCGAACUCUCUUGGCUUGCCGAGUUUUGGGUUUUAGAGAUUGCUCAGGAAGCCUGCUCAAAUGUGAUUGUGUCGCAUCUUGAUUCAUCGAGAGAACUGCCUAUUAAAAUACUCCAAAUCGCAGCCAGUUUCUCUCUGUGGAAGUUGGCUGAGCUCGCAGCAACAUGCGUUGCUCCUUUCUUUCGGCAACUAUGUGAUUCUGGUGAACUUGAAGAUCUGGAUGAGGUCCUAGUUAAUAUGAUACGUUCUGCUUCUGUUCAAUAUUCUCAAGAGGGACAUAUUAAUCAGAUGACUUGAAUAAGUGAGAAUGUUAGAACACUUGUUGAGAACUUGGUUCAAGCAAUUCUAAGUCACAGUUCAUGGGAAGUUUUGAUGGUUCCCAAAAGAGAUAUAGCAAUAGUUUCAAGAUUACAAACUGUCAAAUUGUUUGUUGUGAAUAAUUUUCUCUAGUAAUUUGAUUGAUGUUUCUGCUAUGGAUUUUUUAGGUUGUAUACUAGUCUAAAGAAAGUGAUGCUGAUACAAUUUACUUGUAUGAACAUGUAAAUGAUAUAGUAUGAUUUUUUUAUUGAAAUAUAAUAUUGAUUUUUGAAUC